ACCUAUAGCGUCUGGCAGUCCUAAUAAUUCGUCGUUUGUGUAAAGAGCAUGGUACGCGCAUUUCUUUUUUGUUUUGCCCUACUCGUGGCGUUUUACAACGUGGAAUCAAGAAAACCAGUGGUUUGCUACUACGCAUCAUGGUCAACGUACCGUCCAGGAAGAGGACAAUUCAACGUGGAAAACAUCGAUCCCUUCCUGUGUACCCAUCUCAUUUACGCAUUCUUUGGAGUGAACGACUCUGGAGCAGUGACGAUACUAGAUCCCUGGUUAGAUCUGGAUAGUGGCCGAGGAAAUGUUCGACUCUUUAAUCAACUACGAAACCAGAAUCCUAAUCUCAAAACGCUGGCCGCUAUCGGUGGUGCAACUGUUGAUCGAGUCAUAUUUUCUCAAAUUGCUGCCAGUGCGUCCUUGCGUAGUACCUUUGCACGAAACGCACGAGACUUUUGUCUCGCCCAUGGAUUUGAUGGAGUGGAUCUUGGAUGGGAGUUCCCAGCCAUGCACGACGGUGAUACCGCACCGUAUGAUAAGCGGAAUUUUGUGUUGAUGCUAUCAGAGCUGGCUCUUGCGCUGCGCUCUCACGGUUUGUUACUAACAGCGGCACUUGCCGCCAGCGAAACAAUUGCUUCCAUUUCGUACGACAUUGCCGGUAUAGUGCCACACUUGGAUUUCAUUAAUCUGAUGGCGUACGACUACAACGGAGCGUGGAGCAAUUUCACGGGCCACAAUGCACCGCUCUUUGCCGGGCCGUCCGAUCAGAAUGACUUUCAACGAACACUUAACGUCCAACACAGCAUCAACUAUUGGCUAAGCCAGGGAGCUCCCGCGUCAAAACUGGUUCUCGGUGUUCCGGCUUAUGGGCGUACCUUCACAUUAGCCAACUCUGCUGUUAAUGGAUUACGAGCACCAGCCGAAGGUCCCGGACUACCCGGACCGUACACAGGCCAAUACGGAUACAUUGCAUACCACGAGGUUUGUGGCCACUUGUCAUCUACAACUGGUUGGUAUCGUGUAUGGGAACCAAUUCAAAAAAUUCCUUACACCUUUUCCAAUAACCAAUGGAUAGGAUAUGACGAUAGGCAAAGUAUAUGGGAAAAGUGUAACUACGCUAACAGUCAACAACUUGCUGGUAUGAUGAUGUGGUCGAUUGAUAUGGAUGAUUUUCGUGGAAACUGUGGAACCAGUUUUACUCUGCUCAAAACUGUCAAUGAAUGCCUAGUGUAAUGUUAGCAUGUUGUGAAAACUUAUCGCUUAAAAAAUCUAUUCAUAGUGAAUAUUUGUUUAAUUCAAGUGAAAAUAAUUGCUUUAAUACUGAUUAUAAUAUGGUAUUCCUUCAUUUCAUGUGGAAUUGUAAGUAAUACUUAAUCGUUUACUUAGUAUUUCUAUAUUUGCUAAAACAGUCAAAUACACGUUCGUUGAUCUUUUAGAAUUGUACUGUACUUUAUUUUACUUUUCUUUUUCCUGUAGGUGUAAUGUAUACAAAUAAAGGACAAUCUAGAUCAAUUUUCUAAAAUCCAGUACAUAAAGGUUGGACCGGUAUCGUGGUACAGUGGUCAAGUCGUUCAACUUAACAACAUACCCGUCUUGGGUUCAAGCUCCGAAUGAACCAUGCCCCCAUACGUAGGACUAACUAUCUUGCUAUGUGUAAUCAAUAAGUCACUGAAAGCCAAGUCCAUUAGUGAUACAGAGAGGCCUUGGCCGCCAACGGUUGUUGUGCUAAGAGAGAAAAAAGUUCAUGAAUGGUUAGCAGCGUUAUAGAAACCGUUAGUUUAAUGUACUUACGACAGCUUACUUGUAAAAGAUAAACACAGCUGACAUGAGUUUUGUGAUUCAAUUCAAUCACUAGGUAUGCUUUUUGUAAUGUGCUACUUUUCUUUAC